GCCGGGCGAGCAGGACUCUGGGGUAGGGCUGCCCCGAAAGUGGGGCGACAAGACGCUAAAAGGAGCCCCCUCAGCCCCAAACCGGGGUGUGGGGGAGCUGGUAAGAUCAGCCAUGUUUUGCGGAAAAUUUAAAAAGUCCCGCUUGGAAAGCUGCCACCGCCACCAGCAGCAACAAAUUUCUGCCCAUCAUCACGGAGGAGCUGCCAAAUCCUCGGGGCACCGCGCGUUCAAAAAAUUGGGCUUGACAGAUGAUGAAGAUAUUAAGGUGAUGCUUCAGGGGACCUUCUUCUGGAAAGUCAAGACAUAUCAGCCCCAGAAACAAAGGCUCUACCGGCUUCUUGAAGAUGGGAUGUCCAUCUGGUUUGAGACUCGUUUUAAAAAGGCUCACUCCAAACAUAUUUUCUCUGUCCUACACGUUGAAGGUGUACGUGAAGGUUAUCAGUCUGAGGGGCUUCGGAAAUUUGGUGGUUCUUUUGCGGAAGAGCAGUGCUUCACUAUUGUCUUCAGGGGGAAACGGAAAAAUCUGGAUCUGGCUGCCCGGACUGGGACUGAAGCCCAGCACUGGGUGAGAGGACUCACAAAACUGAUGGCCAGAUGUGAAGCCAUGAGCCAGCGAGAAAAGCUUGAGCACUGGAUCCAUGGCAUCUUACACCAGGCUGACAAGAACAAAGACAAUAAGAUGAGUUUCAAAGAGAUCAAAAACAUGUUGCGCAUAGUAAACAUAGAUAUGAAUGACAUCUAUGCCUACCGGCUCUUCAAGGAGUGUGACAAAUCAAAUAAUGACCGCUUGGAGGAAUAUGAGAUUGAAGAAUUCUGUACACGGCUAAUGAAACGGCCUGAACUGGAGGACAUCUUCAACCAAUACUCUGGCGAGGACUGUGUCCUUUCUGCUGAGGAACUGCAGGAAUUUCUUCAUAACCAGGGUGAAGAAGCAGGCUGGCAGCAAGCUCAUCAUAUCAUCCAGACAUAUGAACUCAAUGAGAAAGCCAGGCAACACAACCUCAUGAUGCUGGAUGGUUUCACAAUGUACCUACUAUCUUCAGCGGGAGACAUCCUCAACCAGGCCCACACUGGGAUCUAUCAGGACAUGAGCCAGCCUCUGUGCCAUUACUUCAUCUCCUCUUCCCAUAAUACCUACCUAACAGACAAUCAGAUUGGAGGGGCCAGUAGCACUGAGGCUUAUGUCCGGGCAUUGAUGAAAGGGUGCCGAUGUGUGGAGCUUGACUGCUGGGAAGGUUCUAAUGGAGAACCUAUUAUCUACCAUGGCCAUACCCUCACCUCCAAGAUCCUCUUCCGGGAUGUAAUUGAAAGUAUCCGGGACCAUGCCUUCAAGCACUCUUCCUAUCCUUUGAUUCUCUCUCUGGAAAACCACUGUGGCCUGGAACAGCAGUCUACAAUGGCCCAUCACCUGAAGACUAUUCUAGGGGACAUGCUGUUGAUCCAACCACUGGAUGGAGACCUGUCUAAGCAACUGCCAUCACCAGAGCAAUUGAAGGGGAAGAUAUUAGUGAAGGGGAAAAAACUACCAGAGGACAAGACUGAUCCAAGAGUGAGCUUGAUCUCCAACCCUGAGGAGGAAAUGCAGGAGGAAGAGGACCAGAGGUCUACAUUUUCUUUUCAGGAAAUCAGACCUUUGCAGGCAAAAGAUGCAGUGCAGAUUUCCCAGGAACUUUCUGAUGUGGUUGUAUAUUGCCAGGCUGUCCCAUUCCAAAGCCUGUCUAAUGCCCUGCUCCAUCAGAAGUCUGAAGAGAUGUCGUCAUUCAGUGAACGGAAAGCCAGGAAGAUGAUUAAAGAUUCAGGAAACCUUUUCAUCCGAUACAACACCCAGCAUCUCAGCCGUAUCUACCCACUGGGUCUGAAGAUGAACUCCUCCAACUACAACCCUCAAGAGAUGUGGAAUGCAGGCUGCCAGAUUGUGGCACUGAAUUUCCAGACACCGGGUGCUGAGAUGGAUUUGAAUGAUGGGCGCUUUUUGGUGAAUGGCCGCUGUGGCUAUGUGCUGAAACCUGCAUUCUUACGCAAUAACCAGAGUACCUUUGACCCCAAGGUCCCCAUUCGUAGGAGUGGCCAGCACCCCAUUACCCUCACCAUCAAGGUGAUUACAGCUCAGCAACUCCCCAAACUAAAUAAAGAGAAGAGUUCUUCCAUUGUCGACCCUUUUGUACGGAUUGAGAUUCAUGGGAUUCCUGCAGACUGCUGCAAGAAACAAACUGAAUACCGGUUAAAUAAUGGAUUCAAUCCGUGCUGGGAUGAGACGUUGAUGUUUCAGGUACAGGUUCCAGACCUGGCACUGGUGCGCUUUGUAGUAGAGGAUUAUGACACAACUUCCUCCAAUGAUUUUGUGGGACAGUUUACGUUGCCUUUGUCCAGCCUCAGGGAAGGCUACCGGCAUAUCCAUCUGCUUUCCAGGGAUGGUACAUCCCUAUCUCCAGCUACACUUUUUGUACACAUCAGAUGCAGGAAGAUCUGAAAGCUGCAAUAAAGGUUUGAAAAAUGUGGAAGUGGAUUAAUGAGAACGUCCAGUCAGCUCUCAGAAGAAUGGAUGAGUAGCUGUGGUAAUUCUGGGUGCCACCUGCAGAUAAGGUUGGAGUCACACAGAAGAAUCAGAAUGUCAUAGCCAGAAGAUCCAGGCUGAGACAGGGGCGUGAUGUCAGUCCUCACUUGAAUAUUCCAGUUAUUGCAUUAGGGUCAGAUUUUAAGAUUCUUUGUGCAGUUGAAGCUAAAAGCUAAGUAAUCUACAGACUCCUAGAAUGCUUUCCUAGACAGGAUUUUAAGUUUGACAAAAUGUUCCACCUCAUCCUCUUCUUUGCAGUGGCCUGCAGAAAGAACACACUGGGGUAGGGAUUUUCUUGUUUUAUUUCUUUGAUAGUCACAACACAAGAAGCCCAGUGAAAAGAUGUAUUAACGUAUCUUGCAUGCUUGGAUAUGUCCACCGAAAUCUAAGGAAGACUGUGAAAAGGGACAGAUGGACUUGUGACCAAGACUAGUGAGCGAAAGUGGUGCGACCUUUGUAGUAAGGGCCUAAGUGCAUGGAAAUGUGACCCACAAAUUGAACUGAGGAAUUUGAGCUAGCCGAAUUGUAGCAAAAAUGAUUUGGACUCUGAUUGAAUAUAUGCACUUUGACAGCCUGGUACAGUGAAUGGGCACGAAAUUGGAUCUUUAUUUAUUAAGGAAAUAAGCUACUUCAUCUAGCACAUAACUUAAAUCAUUUCAAAGAUUGUGUUUCAGAUAAUGAACAACAGGUGGAAAUUUUAAGAUAGAAGAUUGUAGAUUUUAAUCACACGUCCAGGAGUAUCAUACAUAUAAUAUGAAAAUCCUGCACCAGCUACUUGGUUAGCUUCUCCUUACAGGUCUGAGACAAUUUUAAUGAGAUUUGAAUACUAAUUCUCUUGAAGGAGCUUGACAAAAUUAGUAUUAAGUAGUUUUUCAAAGCAUAUAUAUUUUUAUGAUUUUCUGGGUGAACACUAGUAAUUAUUUUUAGGUACAUUUAGAUAUAACACAUAGAUUGGUAUGAGGAAAAUGUGUGUACUCCUACACAUUCUCAGACCCAUUUGUGGUAGAAAUGUACUUUUAGAAGCUAGAUUCCAAGCACUGUGUUCUUCUUCCCUUAGAACUCUUCGUUGUGAGCUGUAAAAAACCACCAGGCCUGAAGGAUGAAAUUGGGUUUUUUGUAUAAUGUUUCUCUUGGUUAAUUUGAAACAAUAUAUAGCUUUACAGCAUUUAGUCUUUCAGGACAAAUUAAAAGCAGCUGUUGGCAGCUAGUGGCUGUUUUGGCUAGUGCUAGUUAGACUAUCACUCACAAUGCAUCUCAAAGGAUUUUACACUACAAUCCUACAUGAUCCUACUCUACUGGGAGCCACUGAGUUAAUCACUGCCUCUCCACACUACCUUUCACAUGAUUGUUCUUGUAAGGAUAAAGUGUGGGAAGACUCCCCACAUAUGCUGCUGUGAGUUGCUAGAGGAAAGGCAGGCUGUAACAAUAUAUAAUAAUUUAGUGAGGUUUUCUUCCAAGUAAGCAGUUACAAGGAUAUAGCCUUAAUUGAGCUUUUUAUUUCUCACCACUUACUGCAGCUGGGAUUAGAUGGAAAAUAAAUCCAUUGGAAAUAUAUAGUAUGUGCUCUAUGCUUGGGUUAUUGACCAUAGCUUCACAGCAAAUAUUAAGGUGCCAUAAAAAGAAACAGUAAGGACUCAUUUGCUAUAUUUUUUCAAAGCAUUUUGACUAGUGCGUCUCGUAAAAUAGCCUAUAUUUAAUUUGCAAUAGUUUCUUGAAAGAGUUUGUUCACCAUUUGUAUUGUACUGAUUAAGCAACUUCAGAACAUUUAGUAGCUUUUAUCAUUCAACCUAAUUCUUCUUAUGACUGUUCAACCUCAACACAAAUGGGGGGCAAGACAUUUCCCAGGCAUACAAGAAGAAGCCAACUGAAUCUGAGAGUUGAGUUUGAGUAACAACUUACAUAGAAACAUGAAGGGCAUGUAAUGAUGUUAGUAGUACUUACGAACAUUUACAACGAGGCUGCAAGGUAAAACUAGGCUGUGGAACUGGUCCAAGCCUAUUAUUAGACAAGGUCAAAUUUCCUUUAUGGAUAUACUUUGGGCUGCUAUUAGAAGUGUGAAGCUCAGGUUUCCACAUUUUUCUCUGAUAGUAUCUGUUAAAAUAAAAAAACGGGCAUGUCCUUACUUUGUGGAACAGAGGGAAGGAAAGAUGGCUAAGAUGGUAAUCUCUAAUCAUGCAACAAGUACUUCAGUCUCUUUGCUUGGCAACAUUAUAGGAUGCAAAAGACAUAGGGCAGGGGGGUUUGAAUACCAGCUACACACAGCCUGUACUAUGGAAAGCUUUUAUUCCAAUUUUCAAAAAUUGGUCUAAAUUGGCCUCCCACCCAAGCAGGAUUGGCCUUGAGCCAAAUCCCAAAUUCACUGUAAUUCAGUGUAGUAUGGCCAAACACUCUAUCUCAGCUUACCUUCCUUGGAGACAAGUAAGGUUCAUAUGUGGGUGGAGAAGAAGCAAACGAUCCAUGUUUCUUGAGCGUUUCAGAGGAAAACGGAUUGUAAGUGUGGAAAUUAAUAAAAAGGAAUGUGCUUCUCAGGACAUUUCUAGAAUUUCCUCUACAAUAAAUUGUGAUGAUGUGAUCAAAGGGAUAAAUUUCAGAAAUGGAUUUAGAUAGUUGAAACCAUAGGACAUGAUGAAGCCCAUUAUAUUUAAUUCUGUAUGUUCUGCAAUAUUUAGCACUAGACAAUUUUAAGUUCACUUUUGAGUUUAGCACUUUUUUUUUUGCUGGAGCCUCUUUAAACUGAGUGCAGUUUACAAAUCCAGACCUGACAUCUUCAUACACAGAAGUUUCUAAGCAGCACUGACAUGUGUUCAUCUUUCCACCCCCGUCUCCUCUCCAAGGGAAAAAAAAGACCCCCAUGAACCUAAGCACCUUCUAGAAUUUGAUUUUGUAACUGUCUAUAUAUUAAAGAGACUGGUUUGUAAUGUAUGGAAU